AUGUCAGCCAUUUGCUUCGUGUGUAACCUGCCCAUCCUGAGCCACCAGGUGGGUCUGGUGUGGGAGGGAGGCAAUGGCUACGACGAGCUGGCGAGCGAGAGUUCGUCCCCGCGGCCCCGUGUGGGUCGCAGGGACUCCUCCGCCCAGAUCACCACCAUCGAGCCCCCGAGGGAGGUGCGGGAGACCUCCCCUCCCACGUCCCGCAGGCGGCGGUCUUCCCUGGCGCAGCUCACCGACCUCCUUCGCGACUGGGGCCGCCGGGAGCCGGCUGAGCAGCGCUCCACCAGCACCUGCACGUCGACCACCAGCACCCCCGUGGGGCCUCUCACGCGCCGGGAGAGCCGCGACCUCAGCCGGCGGGAGUCCCUCGCUGACAUCGCCAAGUCCUUGCCGUGGCGUCGCAAGGAUUCGAUCGUGGAGGUGCCGCGCAUCAAGACACGCCGCGAGUCCUCUGCGGAGAUGAAGAAGCGAAGGCAGAGCGGCACGGACAUCCGCACCGACAUCGUCAAGUUCCUGGCCCGGAGGGAGAGCGUCGCGGAGAUCCUGCGGCGGCGGAGGGAUUCCCUAGAGCACGAGAAGAAGGAGAGGCGCGACUCCACCACGCAGGUGUACACGCGGACCAGCCGCAACAGCGUGGACAAGACGGCGUCUCCGGACCGGCCGGAGAUCCAGUCCCCGCGCAUAAUCUCCUCCCCCGAGCCCCGCGACCUCGUGCCCAGACCCAUCGUCACCACGCAGGUGUCGGGCGAGUCGCACGUGUCGCAGAACUCGCUCUCCUCACAGAUGUCGACGGGCGGCAAGGACCAGGGGGAGCCGGGCAUCUCGGAGCCCAAGUCUCCCGUGUCUUCCCCCGCGCCCUCGUCCCCCACCACCGCUAUCAGGAGGGACUCCACCACGCAGAUCUACCGCGGGAGGAGGGACUCGCGGCCCCAGGUGUCGCCGGAGCGAGGCGGGGGGAGAGGGAGUCGCGAGCCGUCGCCGAAGUUCCGCGGCCUCAGACGGCAGUCCACCGCCAUCGAGGAGGGCCUGCCCCUCCCGGGCUCCCGUCGGGGCUCGCGGCCCUUCCUCUCCCCCGACGGCCCGGAAACCGACGGCAUGUCCAGGAAGUGUCGCCGGGACUCGCUCUCGCCGGACUCCGCCGCGGUGGAGGAGCUGUCCCUGGGCAGGAAGGGGCGGCGCGACUCGCGGCCACACCUCUCCCCUGAGGCCAGCGAUUCGAACUCCCGCGAGACGUCGCCGAGGAGCAGGCUGAGGCGGCAGUCGACGACGGCGGCGGAGUACUGCGGGCGGGGCCGGCGGCCCUCGCGCUCGCCGCGCUCGCCCGACUCCUCCUCGACGUGCUCCUCCAGGGAGCACUCGCCGAAGGAGAUCGGGCUGCGGCGGCAGUCCACCACGGAGGAGAUCCUGCUCUCGCGGGGCUUCCGGCGCCAGUCGACCACCGAGGACAUCAUGCGGGCCAGGAACUUCCGGCGCCAAAGCACGCAGAGCGAAGAGAUGUCCAAGUCGCGGGGACGGAGGGACUCGAGUGCGCAGAUCACGGACGGGACGCUGGCCACCAUGACCGUCGAGACGUCGUGCGCCUUCUUCGACACGUCCACGCAGACAGAAGGCUCGCUCUACGACAACAACAACUACCACGAGGAAUGCCUUCGGUGCAACUCCUGCGGCCUCAACCUGACGGGGCCGAACCAGACUCGGGCUCGACGCUACAAGAAUCAGUUCCUGUGCGACCUCCACUUCGCCGACGUCGCCCUCAUGGAGACCUCGGACUUCCUGCAGCAGCUGAGGUCCUUCAAGCCGCAGAGUCUCGGGUGCGCCGUCGCCAGGAGGAAGUCGUCGACCACGCUGAUCUUCCCGCUUCCUCCCCAGGCGUGUGCAGACGAGUUCUGCGCGGGCUACCCCCACCAGCUGAUCCCGACGCCCGGCUACUGGAUCGAGUGCGCCGGCCAGAACGUCCCCGACGACACCAUCUGGGACGAGUCGGAGCCCGAGCUGGAGGACGGCUCCCCCCAGAGCGACCACCCCGACAAGGCCGACCAGAACAUCCAGAGUUCGAAACGUUACGAUUCAUGUUCAGUUCUUGUCGUGCCGGUCAUCAACGAGCCCUCGCGCCAGAAGACGUGCAUCCAGGAGCAGUACGAGCGCACCGGCCAGUUCGAGCUCACCAGCAUCGAGCAGGAGACGUACGAGAAGUACUUUUACGGCACGGAGCACUGGAAUUACUUCACGCAGGACGAGGACCUUGGACCUGUGAUCCUCUCACUCAAGCAGGAGACCUCCAACGGCCGAGAUCAAUUCAGGAUCAUGGUGCGAGGGAUCUCCUACACGGUGCACGGACUCGUCCCUGCUUCCUGUGUCUUCGCCGACCGCUACAACCGCGAGGAGGUCGUCAGGUCCUUCGGCCGGGAAAUUAACCUGAACCCACCGCUGGUCCUCGGCCAGUUGCCGGACAUCCCGGAAGAACUGCUCAAGCUGGACCAGGUGUUUAUCAAGAGUGAGCUGAAGGUGGGCGUGGUUUACGUCAGAGACAACCAGUUUACCGAAGAAGAGAUCUUGGACAACAACGAAACGUCUCCGCUGUUUGAGGAAUUCCUUCAGAUCUUGGGAGAUAAAGUCAGGUUAAAAGGCUUCGACAAGUACAAGGGCGGCCUGGACACAGUUCACGACCUGACCGGGCUGUACAGCGUGUACGCCCUCUGGAGGAACAUCGAGAUCAUGUUCCACGUCUCCACGCUGCUGCCCUACGAGAAGCACGACCCGCAGAAGCUCCAACGGAAGCGCCACAUCGGGAACGACAUCGUCUGCGUCGUCUUCCUGGAGGCGGACAACACGCCCUUCUCGCCCGCCUGCAUCAAGUCCCACUUCCUGCACACCUUCAUCGUGGUCAGGACGAGUCCCAGGAUCAAGUUCAAGCCCACGCGAUAUGAGGUGGCCGUCGUCUCGCGGGACGAAGUGGGCGCCUACAAGCCGUACCUGUGGGAGCAGAGCUGCUUCGAGAAGGGCCCCAUGUUCCGCGAGUGGCUCCUCACCAAGAUCGUGAACGGCGAGAGGGCGUCCUACUCCGCCCCGAAGUUCGCGCGAAUGCAGGACCGCACCAGGUCGCAGAUGCUCGAGGACCUGGUGAACAACCUGCAGAACCACGCCGAGACUGGACAGAUCCCCAAACCAUACAGACGCGGUUCUUGGCGACCGAUUGGCCACAUGCGUCCCUCCUCGCCCUUGCUGGACUCGGUGCGAGACCUGUUCGAGGGCCACGACCAGCUUGCCAAGGACUUCACACGUGCCUUUCAUAACAGCGAAAACCACUUCAACAACAUGCUGUUCGAUGUCUCCUUCAUGGUCGGGGCCGGGAAGGAGAAGUCUAAGCUGUACGGCGUGAGGGCCAUUCUCGGGGUGCGGAGCAGAGUGUUCCAGGAGAUGCUGUAUGGGUUCAGCACCGGGUUCGGAUCACCGCAGGUCUCGGUAGCCGACAUCCUGGCCCGCGCCGUCCCCACGCUGCACUCACCUUCUCACAAGCCAAAGAGCUCAAACUUUCUGCAGGUCCCAGAUAUCGAGACGCCCCGCCCCAAGAGCGUGCCCAACUCCCCGAUAGUGAUGCGGGCGUUCUCUCGCCUGGGCACCCUCACCUCCGGCUGGGGGAGGUCGUCCAAGAAACACGACCGCCUCUCCGUCGAAGACAAGAAGAAGUGGGCCUCGUCGCAGGACUGCUCAGGAAAAGAAGGCAAGGAGAAACAAGCGGACAAGAACGCGCUGUCCGUGCCCCGGUUAAGCGUGUGUGCGGACGGCGGGAAGGUAGACCGUGCCCGGUUAUGUCAGACGGAGUUCACGAUCAUAGAGUUCGAACACGACACCUUGAGGAUCCUACUGGACUACCUACACACCGGCUCCUGCCCUCUGACCUGCACCUCCAUCCCGGGCCUCAUCUGCGCCGCCGAGCACUACGACCUCCCCGAACUCCUGCAGGCUUGCUUCCACCACGCCAAGCAGUUCCUUCGGAUAGAAGUGGUAUGCAACAUGCUGAGCAGCCUUGAGAACUAUUACUGGCGAUACACAUCCGCGUCGGAGCUGGUCAACAUGAUCCUUGCUUUCGUCGAGACCAGGGCGGUGCAGGUAUUCGAAAGUCCGGACUUCCUUCAGCUGUCGGAGUCGAUGGUCAACAUGAUGAUGGCGCGAAACCUCGAAGUCGCCGAGAUCACGAAGUUCGAGGCGAUGCUCACGUGGGCCAAGAACCGAGUGAGAGUGAAGGGCGCCUCGAAAGUGGACUCCCGCGUUGAGUUCCGCUGCAUCAUGGAGAGGCUGACGAGGGAGCUCAAACUGUAUAGGAUUUCUCCGCAGGAUCUCAUCAAGAUCGUGCUGCCGAGCAAGGCCAUCAAGAACGAGCGCAUCCUCGAGACGCUCAUGUUCCAGGCCAACUCGGGGAUGUACCGCAUCAAUGAUUCCUACCUGGAGGCGUGUCAGCAGAGACUCCAGAAACAGGAUUCCAAGUUCAGCGAGUGGGAAUCGUUCGACUACGGCCUAUAG